AUGACCGACCUAUUCUCUCGUGAAGCUGACUUUCUAGGCGGCGAAUUUUCUUCGUCCCACAAGACUGACAUUGGGUCAGGCGACGACAUCGACUUUGAACGCGCCGCGUCCGCUUUCCCUGAUAUUUCUCUCGACGGCCUUGGAGACAUACCCACACCAGCAGCGGCUUUGGCUGGACGAGCCAACAACAGUUUCUCAUUUGACGACUUUGAUAGCCCGGUAGAGAAGGACUCGGCGGUCAAGGUUACGGGCGACGAUGAGCUGGACAAGUUCCAGAAUGAGUUUCCGGACAUCCAGAACUCGUUGGGAUACGUGAUAUGUACUCACGUAUCUGCUUUGCACUCGACGGGGCUCUUCAUUAUCUAUCGUUCUACAUUCGCUCAACCACCUUCAUUCGGGGCAACCUUCGCACCUCGGCCCCAACCCUCCACAUUCUCCUCUACUCCCAUUCUAAACCAACCCAUCGAAGAGGAGGAGCCGCAGGUGAUCAAAGAUUGGCGCGAGAAACAACAACUUGAGAUUCAGGAGCGAGACAAAGCUUCCAAGGCCCGCCGUGAAGAAACCAUUGCAAAGGCGGAGCGGUCAAUUGACGAAUUUUAUGAAAACUACGCCAAAAAGAAAGAACGGAAUAUCAGGGAUAACAAAGACCAAGAGGCCGAAUAUGUGACCCACCUUAAUGCGUCACUGACCACUGGCACAACUUGGGAGCGAAUUUGUGAACUCAUUGAACUCCAAAAUUCCCAAAGCAAGACGAUCGCACGGACGGGUGCAGGAACGACGGAUUUGACACGGUUCAAAGAAGUUCUCCUGAGACUGAAGAGGGAGGGGGAUGCAGCUCCUGGUGCAGCUGGAUACUAG